AAAAGCGACUGCAAAUCUAGAGAGAGACAGAGAGAGAAAGAAAGAGGAGAGAGACAGAGAGGAUUUGUGCGCGAGCGCUUGAAGGAGAGGGGAAAAAAGGGGCAGAAGAAGAAAGUUGCGGGUGGAAAACCCGAAAUCUCUCUCGAUCUGUGCUUUUUAAUUAACCCUCUUCAAGAGUUCCGAGUCCUGGGAGGGAUUUCUGCGGUAUUUCGGAAUUCUGGAGCGUGGGGAUUGCUUGAUCGUUGGGGAGAAGAUGAGUUCGUUGAGCAGAGAACUCGUCGUUUUAAUCCUCCAGUUUUUGGAUGAAGAAAAGUAUAAGGAGACCGUACACAAACUGGAGAAGGAAUCUGGAUUCUUCUUCAACAUGAAGUACUUUGAAGAUAUGGUGGUGAAUGGAGAAUGGGAGGAGGUCGAAAAGUAUUUGUCGGGUUUUACAAAGCUUGAGGACAACAGAUACUCGAUGAAGAUCUUCUUUGAGAUCCGAAAGCAAAAGUAUCUGGAAGCCCUGGACAGAAAGGAUAAUGCCAGAGCCGUGGAGAUUCUUGUCAAAGAUUUAAAAGUAUUUUCAUCAUUCAAUGAGGACCUGUUUAAGGAAAUUGCAUUGCUGUUGACCCUUCAGAACUUCAGGGAAAAUGAUCAGCUUUCAAAGUAUGGCGACACAAAGUCAGCUAGAACUAUAAUGCUGAGUGAGUUGAAGAAAUUGGUUGAGGCUAAUCCUCUAUUUCGUGAUAAACUUCACCUCCCUCCAUUGAAGAACUCAAGAUUGCGAACUCUGAUUAAUCAGAGUCUGAAUUGGCAGCACCAGCUCUGCAAGAAUCCAAAGUCGAAUCCUGAUAUAAAGACACUUUUUGUGGACCAUGCAUGUGGACAAGCAAACGGUGGCCAGGCUCCAUCUCCAGCCCCUAAUCCGCUGAUGAGCCAAAUCCCGAGUCAAAUCCCAAGCCAAAUCCCUAAAGUUAGCGGUUUUCCAUCAAUGGGCCCUGUUGCAUUCCAGCAUGCACAAGCUCCUUUGGCUAAUUCACUUGCAGGAUGGAUGGCCAAUCAGACGAUGGCCAAUCCUUCAGUGGCCAAUCCGUCAAUGGCCAACCCGUCUAUGUCCAAUCAGUCGGCAGCGAAUCCGACCUCUGUCCCGCAUCAGUCUGUUCCUAUAGGAUCUAUAGGCUUAACUCCCCCGAGUAAUCCUGCAUCUAUGAUAAAGCGUCCUAGGACUCCUCCCUCUAACAUUCCCGUCAUGGACUAUCAAACUGCAGACUCUGAUAAUCUGCUGAAGAGGCAAAGACCCUAUGGAAUGCCUGAGGAGGUCAGCAAUAUGCCCGGCAAUGUUAUGCCUGGUAUGUUUCCUGGUUUGUCCAUCCAUCCCUUAGGCGUCGCAACCGAUGAGCUACCCAAGACGGUUAUGGCAACUUUGAGACAGGGCUCCGCUGUGAGGACCUUGGAUUUCCACCCAACAAUACAUAAUAUACUUUUAGUGGGAACAUAUGCCGGUGAGUUCAUUUUAUGGGAUGUGGCUAGCAAGGUGAGACUUGCAGUAAGGACUUUUACGUUGUGGGAUAAGGCAAAUUGCUCGGUGACACUUCAGGCCAACAUGAUCAAUGAUGCUUAUGCCUCAGUAAACCGCGUCAUUUGGAGUCCUGAUGGAAACCUUUUCGGUGUUGCAUAUGCAAAACACAUUGUUCACUUAUUUGCUUAUAUGGGCGGCGAUGAUAUACGAGGCCACCUUGAGAUAGAGGCACACAUGGGCAGUGUUAAUGAUCUUGCCUUCUCUAAUCCGAAUAAGCAACUGUGCAUUAUAAGUUGUGGGGACGAUAAGACAAUCAAGGUGUGGGAUGCUGCCACCGGAGCUAAGCAGUUUACGUUCGAUGGUCACGAGGCUCCUGUUUAUUCCUUAUGCCCACAUAACAAGGAAAAUAUUGAGUUCAUCUUUUCGACUUCUAUUGAUGGAAAAAUCAAGGCUUGGCUAUAUGAUACUCUGGGUUCCCGAGUUGAUUAUGAAGCACCAGGCCGGAGUUGUACAACAAUGGCUUACAGUAAUGAUGGAACUAGGUUAUUCUCAUGUGGCACAAGCAAAGAUGGCGAGUCAUACAUUGUAGAGUGGAACGAGACUGAGGGAGCUGUCAAGAGGACAUAUAAUGGGCUGUCAAAACGCUCGGUUGGAGUGGUACAGUUUGAUACAGCUAAGAAUCGGUACUUGGCUGCCGGUGAUGAGUGUAAAAUAAAAUAUUGGAACAUGGACAAUUCAAACGUUUUGUGUAGCAUUGAUGCCGAGGGUAACUUGCAGGCUUCCCCUUCCAUUCGGUUUAACAAGGCCGGAACACUGCUGGCUGUAUCAACAACUGAUAAUUCUGUCAAAAUAGUUGCCAAUACUGACGGUAUUCGACUGAUGCGAUCUGCAGAAAGUCGUGUUGGACCUUCAAAGGCACCUAUCAUUAGCCCGUUUUCUGCUUCUACUUCAGCACCGGGAACCAGCGUCGCUGCGGAUCGGAGUUCGCCGAGGAACGUCGCUAUCACACCCCCGAACGAAUUUGGACCGAGUUUACCUGAUUUAAAAGCCAGAAUUCCCGAUGAGCCUGAGAAACCCAAGCCAUGGAAGAUGACGGAAUUUAGUGAGCCAUCUCAAUUUCGGGCGUCAAAGCUUCCUGAUAAUCUGUUGGCCGUGAGGAUCGUGCGAUUGAUUUAUACAAAUGCUGGAAGUUCUAUUCUAGCACUGGCGUACAACGCCGUCCACAAGCUGUGGAAAUGGCAACGCUCCGAGAGAAAUACUUCUGGAAAGGCGACUAGUUCUGUGCCACCGCAACUUUGGCAACCCCCUAGCGGAAUCUUGAUGACCAACGACAUCAGUGAUACUAACCUCGAGAUGGCUGUUCCUUGCUUUGCGCUUUCGAAAAAUGACUCUUAUGUUAUGUCCGCAUCCGGAGGAAAAAUUUCGCUUUUCAAUAUGGGGACGUUCAAGACAAUGACAUCUUUCAUGCUCCCGCCGCCGGCAGCGACGUCUCUUGCCUUCCGACCCGAGGACAACAAUAUUGUCGCUAUUGGUAUGGAGGACGGCACCGUACAGAUUUACAACGUCCGCCUUGACGAGGUGAAAACCCAGCUCAAAAGUCAUCAGAAAAGGGUGACUGGCCUUGCCUUUUCGAGUACUCUCAAUGUUCUCGUAUCCGCAGGUGCCGAUACUCAGUUAUGUGUUUGGGGUACCCAAGAAUGGGAUAGGAAGGCGCAUAAAUCGUUGACGAUUCCAACGGGUCGCACGCCGAAAGCUCUGGCGCAGACGCGGCUACAGUUUCACCCGGAUCAGAUGCAUAUACUCGUCAUCCACGAGACUCAGAUCGCCGUAUUUGAAGCUCCGAAACUCGAUCUCGUCCAUCAGUGGAUUACCCGGGAUUCCAACUCUACGAUAACCGACGCCGCAUACUCGUGCGACGGCCAGUCGAUCUACGCUACCUUUGACGACGGAAGCCUGUGCAUCUUCACCACCGCAGGGCUGAAAAUGCGAUGCCGGAUCACCCAGUCGGCAUAUCUAAAUCCUGUCCCAAACUCGAGGGCGUACCCGGUGGUAAUCGCAGCCCAUCCAUCAGAGCCAUGCCAGUUUGCAAUCGGGCUCACUAACGGGGAAGUGCAUUUGAUGGAGCCUCUCGAGACGGAAGGCAAAUGGGGCGUCGCGCCACCACCAGAAAACCGUGCCGGAACGAGCGGGAGCCCCGCCGCUCCGUCGGCGGCGGAUCAGUCUUCGAGGUAGUAAGGUACUCUCAACUUUUCAUAAAUAGCUUAAGCGUGCAUGGAUGGAUAGAUUGAAAUGUGGAUAGAAGAACAACAUGGAGAGAGAGAGAGAGAGGAGAGAGAGAGGGGUGUUUUGGGGUUUUCAAGAAAUUGAUGAAAGUAAAGUAAAGGGCAAGAAUGGAUGACAUUCACAUCCUGGUUAGGGAUGGACUUUGUAGAAGUUUAGGUUGUGGGGAUGAUGAUAUACUAUUACUAUUGCUAUGAGAGAUGAUGAUUCUUGUACUAAUGUUUUUGUUCUU